UUUGUUUUUAUUCUGUUCACAGUUUCGCAAUGGACUCAAAUGACUUCAAUGGACUUCUUGAUGGAAACGGUAUAACUGGAGCUCCCAGGUGAAAUCCAGAACCCACGUCCUCUGAGUGGUGUGUUUUGGAUCUGAAUGAUGGUGUUCUUAACGAUGUCCUCAGGGCCUCUGCUGCUGUUCCUGUUCAUACAGGCCACCACUGGUCAUAGCUCAGUUCGGUCAGAUGUCAAUGCCACCUCUCCAACACAGAUGUCGACACCACCGCUCACCCCCCCACCCGGCGUCGCAGACAGUAUGUUUUCAACAAUGACAUCCGAUACAACAACAUCAGCAUUAGCCAAUAGUCAAGUCAGAUUGGUCAAUGGUCCUAACUCCUGCUCUGGGAGAGUGGAGGUCUACCACAGCGGUCACUGGGGGGCGGUGUGUGACGACUUGUGGGACUUGAGUGACGCCCAGGUGGUGUGUAGACAGCUGGGCUGUGGAAGAGCUCUGUCUGCACCACGUGAAGCCCACUUCGGACAGGGGAACGGGACAAUCUGGCUGGAUGACGUUAGAUGUACAGGCAGCGAGUCUAAUCUCAUAAGGUGCAGUCACAAUGGGUUUGGAUUACACAACUGUGGACAUCACGAAGACGCUGGUGUCAUCUGCUCAGGUGGCAGCAACACCACAGCAGCACCACCGAUCUCCUGGAACACCACAACAGGAACAGCCCGACCAACCAACCAAACAACCACAUUGGCAGGGGCUAGGUCACCGUGGGUGGAGGUGGAACCAGAAGUGAUAUCAUAUCCUGGCCAGACGGUUAACCUGCGGUGUGCCUUCAUAGGAACGCAGGUCAUACAGCUCACACAGGUGUCCUGGAUUUUUGAGUCCAGAAAGGGCGAGAGGCUCAACAUAGCCACGUACCACCCCAAUUUUGGGGUACUUUACCCCACGUCACCCCUGAAGGGACGAGUUAGCUUCCCCACGCCCUCCCUCAGCAACCCUUCAAUCCAGAUCUCUGACAUCAGGAUGACUGAUGAAGGGAGAUACAUCUGUGAAUACGCCACCUACCCCAGCGGCAACGAACAGGGCAUCACCUCCCUCGUUAUACUAGCUCUGUCAACAUCACCACCUUUCUACUGGAACACCACAACAGAAACAGCAGCACCAACCAACCAAUCAACCACACUGGCUGGUAACACCACAACAAUUACACCAGUGACAGCGUGGCAAGAUGCCCCGAUCAGAUUGAUCAACGGUCCUAACUCCUGCUCUGGGAGAGUGGAGGUCUACCACAGUGGUAGCUGGGGGACGGUGUGUGAUGACUCGUGGGACUUGAGUGACGCCCAGGUGGUGUGUAGACAGCUGGGCUGUGGGAGAGCUCUGUCUGCACCACACCAAGCCCACUUCGGACAGGGGAACGGGACAAUAUGGAUGGAUGAUGUUGGAUGUACAGGCAGCGAGUCUAAUCUCACAAGGUGCAGUCACAACGGGUUUGGGAGACACAACUGUAAUCAUGGUGAAGACGCUGGUGUCGUCUGUUCGGAAUCAGAGCGUCCUUCCAACUCAGGCCCAGAGCUGGUGUGUGGUCGGCGUCUCCUAGAGGUGGGUCUCAGCCGGGCUGGUCUGGAGACUGCAGGUCUGAACGUGUUCUCUGCUCACCUGGCCGACCUCCGCUGCUCCUCCCACCAGGAAGCUAACGGCACAGUGUGGUUCCAGGUGGAGCGCAGGGAGGGCAGCUGUGGAAACACCUUGACGACCAACAGCAGCCAUGCCAUCUACUCCAACAGUUUAUUCAUAUACCAGGUGCACAAUGUCUCCUUCACCCGACCCGUGAGCAUACCUUUCUCCUGUGCCUAUCCGCUAGACACAGAGAGCAGCCUAGAUGUGGCCGUCGCACCCUACCUACCGGUGGAAGGUGGAGUUUCAGGUAUUGGCUCCAAGGCGUCAGCCUCCAUGUCUCUGUACCACAACUCCAACUACACAGAGCCUUACCCUGCGGGUCAGAGGGUCACUCUGCCACUGGGCUCUGUUCUGCAUGUGGGUGUGUCCGUCAACGAGACGGAGACGGAGCGAUUUGUGGUUGUCCUGGACAACUGCUACGCCACUCACUCCCCCAACCCUGAUGACCCUAUGAGAUAUUUCAUCAUUCAGAACAAAUGUCCUAGUGAUCGUACCCAGGUGAGGGUGGAGGAGAGUGGCUCAUCACUCGAGGCGCGCUUCUCUGCACUGCUGUUUCUGUUCCAGGGAGACUACCGGGAUGUUUUCCUGCACUGCAGCCUCAGCCUGUGUGACCACGGGAGCUCCUCCUGCACUCCAUUGUGUUCCAGACGAAGGAGAUCCCGUUCCAUCUCCAGUUCCGUCCCCCUUAAUCCCGUCACCAUCGGUCCAAUCAGCUGGACUUGGAGUCUGGACUGAGCCUUGGGGGGUACCGCAGUGAGCCGUAUCUGUUUCAUUGUCCUUAUACUUUUGAAUGUACUUUUUCACAUAUCUCUCUGGUUGUGUUUUGUGACUAUUGAAUAUUGUCUUUGUGUUUCAUUGUUGCAGUAAGUAUCCAUACCCAGACAUUCAGCUGUCUUAGAGGUGUUUACCUUUUUCUGCAGCCUUAAAGGCCCAGUGCAGUCAAAACUCUGUUGUUCCGGACUCCCGGGUGGCGCAGUGGUCUAGGGCACUGCAUCGCAGUGCUGGCUGUGCCACCAGAGACUCUGGGUUUUGCGCCCAGGCUCUGU